GAGUUAAACCAGUUUCCAUAUCGCCUCCUGGACUGGUUUCUGCUCCUGAGUCGUAUGGGAGUGUCCUACGCACCUGCUGCUCCGCCCCAGAGCUGCCUCAGCCACGCCCAGAGGACACAACUAGCACAGCAAAGAUUCACCAUACUGGAUAAGAACAACGAUGGGAAGUUGAGCCGCAGGGACCUGACGAAGCUGCGUUACAAGAGGAUGCCACUGGAGCAUUGUGCUUCACCAUUCUUUCAGUCAUGUGACCGUAACAGGAACAGGAAGGUGACCUUGCGAGAGUGGACAACCUGUCUGGUGGAUCGCUCCGAGGCCUGGUUCUACCAAUUUAUGUCAAUGAGAAUGGGCUCCCGCAAGCUGUGUCCCACAAUCAAAGAGAACUACCUUUGACAUGAAAAACGGCCAUGAACUCCUUCCUGCAUGUCUUUUAAACUGUAAAGAACUUGCUGAAGACAACAUCGUUACAGUUACCUGAUUUAAAAGCUACUGGAUAGCAUCUCUACACACUGCUCUCGCAUCUGUUUCACGCCAGUCUUGCGGCUCGUAACACGGUGAUUUAUAACCUCAUCAAAUUUGAACAUCUGCUGGUUGUGUGUGCAUUCGUGUGUGUAAAUAAAUGUCUGGACGAACAGACCGCCAGUCUUGUUAAUUACAUUAGCUGACAUUUGUAUAUUUGUAUUGUAAAAGAGCAGAGACGAUUGGCAAUAUUGAGUAAUUACAUGGCAUGCUUUGAAUAACCAAUUAGAAGUCAGGAUGACAGCGUGAUGUUCACUGAAUGACAAGAUGGGAAAUGAAGAUAAAGGGGAGAAGAAUCGCUUCGUAUGGAAUGACGUGACCAGAGAAGAGACAAAGGGAUCAUAAAGGGGGUGAAGGGGAGAAGUAGAGGAAAGUGUCAUAAUGCACUGGAGGAGAGAGAGGGAGGGAAGGAGGGAAGCA